AUGAGUACAUCAUCGGCAUCACCAGCAAAAUCAGCUGCGGCAGCGCAACACUUUGUCUUUGGUCUUGGAUCGGGAGUGGCUUCUGCUGUUUUGUUGCAGCCGCUGGAUCUCCUAAAGACGCGAACGCAGCAAUCAGGGCGUCCCUCGCUGCUAAUAGGCAUCUGGCGAGAGCUAACACAGUCACCACAACCAAUCCGAGCUCUGUGGAGGGGCACCCUGCCCUCAUCUCUUCGCACGGGCUUUGGAUCUGCUUUGUAUUUCACAUCACUCAACUCCCUCCGCCAAUUCCUCCAAAAGUCCAAUGCGUUCAGCCAGAGGAUUCAUGCUCACAGCUCCUCGUCCAGCUUGCCUACGCUGACGCCCACGGCAAACAUGGUUUCAGGAGCUGUGGCGCGGACAUGGGCAGGCUUCGUCAUGAUGCCUCUGACCGUCAUCAAGGUCCGUUUUGAAUCUAGUCUCUAUUCAUACCCAUCCAUGUGGGCUGCUGUGAAAGACAUUCAUCAUCAGGGAGGAAUGAGAGGCUUCUUCGCCGGCUUUGGCGCAACGGCAAUCCGGGAUGGUCCCUAUGCCGGCAUGUACGUGACAAUCUACGAGAUGAUGAAGAGGAGACUGUCAUCCUUGGUGUCCCACAACACCUCCUCGGCUGAGGCAACAAAGAACAUGACUUCCUCUAUGGCCAGUUCAGUAAAUUUUGCGUCGGCGAUUCUAGCAGGCACAACCUGCUCGGCCAUAUCAAAUCCAAUAGACGUCUGCAAGACACGCAUUCAGCUUCAGCCUGAGCGAUAUCGCAACUUACUCCAUGCCGGCUACAGGAUGGUGGUGGAAGAAGGCUUUCAGUCGCUUUGGCGCGGGUUGGGCCUCAGGAUGAGCCGUAAGGCACUGAGCUCUGCGCUCUCUUGGACGAUAUACGAGGAACUCAUACGCAGAUAUACCGGCAGCUAUGGCGCAAGGCAAAGUCUCAAGUCAGUGUAA